AUGAAUCAGUUUGUGGUUAUCUUCGCCUUGUUCGCCUUUACAAUGGGCGCUCCGGCUCCUGAGGAAUCCAAGCGCUCUCUACCCGCCUUGGAGCACACCGAAGAAAGGGGUGACGAUGGGCAAUACAGCGUCCACUACGUCACAGCUGAAGGUACCGUCGUCUCUGAGCACGGCCGCCUAGUGCCGACCGCCGACGGCAAAGACAAGGUGCUCGUGACUGACGGAGAAGUCAGCUAUGUGGGACCUGACGGCAAGAGCUACAUGACGAAGUGGUCCGCCGGCGUGGAGGGCGUGAAGGCGGAGGGCGCUCACCUGCCCGUCGCCCCUGAGGCGCCCGCCGUCCCUGAGGUGCCUGCCGUCGCCCCCGAGGUGCUCGCGGCCGAACCCGAGGCGGAACCCGCAGCCGAACCCGAGGCGGUACCCGCUCACAUUUUUCCAGCGCCUAUCUUACCAAUGUUACCAUACCCUGAAGUGUUAGUGUUUGCUUAUUAA